AUGCAAAGGAAAUCCGUCAACGAAGACGACGGUCCUCUCCGUGAAUUCAUACGCGAGCCUAGCGGUUUCGAACACAAGAGACUCGAGGCGGGUCGCCAAGCUUCGCUAUUCGAUCAGCCGGGAAGCUCUUCCUUCUCCCGCGGGCGCAUGCAUGACGCGAUCAACCUCGACGAAGCUCGUUUCGGCCAAGCGCUCGGUGACUAUUCCAAUCUCUGCCCCCCGCCCGCGCCCGCGGACCCGCCUUUCGAUUUCCAUUCCGAGACAGGGCCUGGGCCUGGGCCGAGGGAUAACAUCGACCCGUUCUUAUCGAUGCGCGCUGGACAUGGCGCGGGCGACCUUUCGUCUGUGUCGGAUCCUGGGGGCCUGGCUCCGACGACGAGUGCGGGUCCCUCGACUGCGUUGACAGGGGCUACGUCGCCGGGGCUGCUGUCCAUGUCGGAUUUCAGCUCGCGGCCUAUCAACUUGAAGGCGUACGAGGUCAUCGCGAGUAAUUUCAAAGAGCUCUCGCUGGAGUUCGGCGGAUCCUCCUCCUCGGCCCGCAGCAACAAUAUCUCGGAGUCCCAGCGCACUGCUCAGCAUGAGCUCUUCGUGAAACUCUACUACGAGCACUUCAAGCAGCAGGCUUACUGA